AUGUCGGAAGCAUCUCUCAGCAGCUUCAACGAUGACUCGGACCCAGAAAAUACAAGCUCGUCCGAGGUUUGGCAGGAUGCACCUCAAAACAGCCCACAAGAUGAACAGAUCUCACCUCAUAUUCGAUUUCGAUCAAAUGCCAGCUUCAUGCAGGGGGCUCGGCGUGACCCUCCGGCAGUAGGUCUGCGGGAAGAGUGGGAUCAUGCCCAUAGUCAAGCGCUGCCCCAUCGACCAUCAAUGCCAUACUCCCACGAAUCUGAGGAUAUCACCGAAACAUCACUGCAAGAUCGUGAGCCACAGCCCAGGGAGGCAGGCGGCGAGUCAGGCAUCGAGAGGAUAGACCAGAACAAGCCACCGGAAGAGGAGAAGAAGAAGGGAGACGAGGAAAAAGAAGAUGAGAAAAAGGAGCCUGAGCCCACCGAACAGCGAUCUACAAGGGAGAAAUGGCGAACGGUGACCAGGAAUCUCAGACAGAAAGCAUCAGAAUUUGGUGACCGUCUGGGUCGCCCACAGGCCGAGGGAGACGACUUGACAUCCGGAAGGUAUCACGCGGACUGGGCGACUGGCGGUGCAGUUGCCCUCUCUGACAUGACGGAUGACAAACAUAAAAGCGUGGAGACGAAGAAGCAACACCAGAAAGGAACCAGCUCCGAAGCUCAUCGUUUGGUGCGAGACCUGACACAGGAUCAUUCCCAAAAACGCCGCAAAGGUCGAGGAAAGCCUUAUCCUCACGCCGGGACCGAGUUCCAAGACGAAGAGAAUGAGACGGGAGCAGAGGCGAGCUUGAGAUAUCGCUCUGGCGGCGGCGGGAUCUUGUCACAGUUGAUCAAAUUACAAGGUGGUCAGCAACAAGAUGCUGGAGGUCAGUCUCGAACGUCAACUGACUCGUCCCGCAGCGCAGAAUCCGUCCCUAGCGGGGCCCCAACACCAACAGGAAAGAAGGGAAAACCCAAACCAGUGAAAUGGUACAAAAAACCCCAAAACACGUCGACCUCGACCUUGAUUGGUGGGGGUCCGGACAGUUUCAGUGGUGCAAGCACUCCUGUUUCAAGCGAAAUCCUGUCACAAGCCUCGAAGCGUCGCGACAAGGAGGGAGGCGGUGGCGGCGGUGGAGGUCGCAAUAUUCGGCUCGAGGAUGAAAUUCGAGUGACCGUACACAUUGCAGAGAUUAUCUGUCGGCAGCGGUAUAUCAUGCAGCUCUGCAGAGCAUUGAUGCUCUUCGGUGCUCCCACACAUAGACUUGAAGAAUACAUGCAGAUGACCGCCAAGGUGUUGGAGGUUGACAGCCAAUUCCUGUAUCUGCCGGGUUGCAUGCUCAUGUCAUUCGAUGACCCUUCUACGCGCACGACGGAGGUGAAGCUGGUUCGCGUGGCCCAGGGAGUUGAUUUGGCUCGCCUAUCGGAUACACAUCUGAUCUAUAAGAAUGUGAUCCACGAUGCGAUCGGCAUCGAGGAAGCAAUCCAGGAGCUUGAUUCAGUCAUCAAGAAAAAACCUCAGUACCACAAAGUCAUCAUUGUCUUGGUGUAUGGGUUGGCCACGGCAACUGUGGGACCUUAUGCUUUUAGUGCUAGGUUGAUUGAUAUGCCGAUCAUUUUUCUCAAUGGGCUACUUGUUGGUUUGAUGCAACAUGUCGCCGCGCCUCGUUCGGUGCUGUAUUCAAAUGUCUUUGAAGUGACAUCGACAGUUGUGACAUCCUUCCUUGCCCGAGCAUUCGGUAGCAUCGCCCUUGGAGUUGUAGACGGCAAGCCAGAAUACCUCUUUUGCUUUUCCGCCAUUGCGCAAUCGUCGAUUGCAUUGAUAUUGCCGGGAUUCCUUGUUCUUUGUAGUAGCUUGGAACUUCAGUCCCAUCAGAUCAUCGCGGGCUCCAUUCGGAUGGUCUACGCUCUUCUCUUCUCAUUGUUCAUUGGAUAUGGAAUUACCGUUGGCACCACCAUCUACGGGCUGAUAGACAACAAUGCGGUAUCCGACACCUCCUGCCCUGCGAAGGGGGCCUUCAAAAAUCAAUAUGUUCAACGCUUCCCCUUCGUUGCGAUCAUGACCGUCUGGAUUUUGAUCAUAAAUCAAGGGAAAUGGAAACAGCUCCCACCUAUGAGCAUCAUCGCUUUGUCGGGCUACAUUAGCAACUACUUCAGCACGAAGAAACUAGGAUCAAACUCCCAGGUUGCGAACACAGUCGGUGCGUUUGUCAUCGGCAUCAUGGGAAACAUGUACAGUCGGCUCUGGCAUGGGCACGCUGCGACCGCUAUUCUGCCUGGAAUCUUCAUUCUGGUUCCAUCUGGACUUGCUUCGACGGGGUCUCUCAUCUCGGGUGUACAGUCCGCAGAUGAAAUUCGCCAAAACGUUGGGUCUCAUGGUGCCGCUAGUUCAGCACCUGGCGCUGGUUUGCAGUCUAACAAUUCCUUGUUCAGUCUAGGUUUUGGUAUGGUUCAAGUAGCAAUUGGUAUUACAAUUGGCUUGUUCAUUUCCGCACUGGUGGUUUAUCCAUACGGCAAGGCCCGCAGCGGACUGUUCAGUUUCUAG